AGAGAAUUGGUUAAGCACUUCCAAACCCAUUCAACCAAACACCUCACCAUUUCUGGCCUCGAAUGGCAGGCCAACUGGACGGAUGGGCAGCGGAAAAGAAGAGAGCGGUACUGGAUACAGAUGUUGGGCACCAUAGUGCCAACAGGCUUAAAUGAAAAACAAUAAAGCAACUUUGAACUCAGAAUUAGACACAGAGUGGGGAGAGGAAGGUAUAUUCAAACUAGAAAAGCGUAUAAGAAACAAAACAAAAAGUACCGUUUCUUGACAGGUGAGAGGGGUAUAGCCCACUUCCAUACAGCUUCCUGUGUGACAGAGAGGGAGAGGCAUGACAAAUAGAACAUGAGUUUAAUAUUUGUUUUUUUCUUCUGUUUAAUCAUGGGAUCACUUUACAUAAUAUAUUGCAUGAACCUUCUAUUAUCUAUUGUCUAUUAAUAAUGAAUGUGGACUUUAUUGCACAUAGAGUGAAUGAAUGUUGACCAAAACAUCUUAAUGGUUGCCAUUUGCAUGACCCUACUGGCAUUGUUAUUCCUAAACAGAGGCCCAAGCACUUACCUUUUUGUUGGCACUUGAUUGAGGAUUACCCCCUCAUCAUAUUUAUUGUUAUUUAUUCCAAAGCAUCUAUGAUCAAAAGGAUAAUAAAUGAUAUUGCAUGACCUCUCUUUUUCUAUUAAUAAUGAAUGUUGAUUUUAUUGCAUGCAGAGUGAAUUAAUGAAGAUAAUGGCACUUAAUAACUACUACUUUAUUUGCAUAGUCUAUACUCUUAAUUCUUAGACAUAGUCUUUAAACACUUACCUCCUUUGGCACUUGCCAUCAUAUGUAUUUUAUAUUUAUUUGAAAAAAAAAAAAAAAAAAUUCUAUUUGUCUUGGUCAAUCUCUAGGCUAUUAGCUUGCUCCUGUUUUGGAAGAUGGGUCGUCCGUCCGGUCAUAAGAAAAGGUAUUCAUCUUCCAUGCCUCCUUCAGCCACCUGAGCCAGCGCACCUGAGAUCCACACAGAUAACAAAUAACCCUGAUCCAAUCCUUCACCUAACCCUGCCCGUGCCAGGGGCCAUUGGAGCUGGUAGAUGGUAGAUUACCUUUUAAGAGGACAAAAUAAAUCCACUUCCUUUCCUAAAAAGUAAAAAGGGAAACCCUGUCAUUGAAAGCAAAGAUAUAACAGGACAUUGUCAAAGACAAGCAGCAGGCGCUCUCUCCCUCUCUCUCUCUCUCUCUCUCUUUUGAGGUCUCCUCUCCUUCUCAUCCUAUCCAUUCUCUAACUUCCUCUCAUCAACCUCACUUUCUCCAUCCCUCCCUUACCUUACCCAACUUGCCUAAUCCCAACCCUCCCCCCUUUUACUGCCUGACCCCAACCUUACUUAUAUCCUCCUACCUAUCUCCCCACCCCCUCAUCCCCUCCUAACCCUAAUUACUCUCCCCCAUCUCUUACCUCUCUCCCCAUUCUGCCUAACCCUAAAUAAUUUACCCUCUUCUUGCUUCCUUCUUACAGAAAAGAAACUGCAACUCAACUCCACAUACAUGACAGCCUCAAAAGAAUAAAAUAAUAACAGCUACUAUGGGCAUACUGUCCCUGCGAUAUAAGACAGACUGCUAGAAUAGCUUUGGUUCAUUUCCCUAUAUCCUGUCAAAAAAGAACUGACCUCCGCUGCCCAUCCAAAAGGGACCUGCUGAGAGGACCACAACCUGGGGGAGACCAUCCCACUGCCCCACGGUCGAUCUGAGCAGCACCUCUGGAGAAAGGUUUGGUGAUUUCUUGGUGCUACCUGCAAUGAGUAAAGCACAACAAGAUACAUGAAAUGACCAUACGGUUAAUACUCACCUAGUUAGGCCUCAUUCUCAUCCUACUCUCCUUCUCAAACCUGAAAAUGGAACACUCCAUGACGGAGUAUACCAUUAUUACCCUCAGUCAGAGAAACCUCCCCAACCCAAACAGGAAGUUGAAUUACCCAGAUCGUUUGGGGCGGGGACAACCAUGUGGUCUCUCUCAUAUAGAUGUGUGAGCCCUCACGCCACUUCCCUUAGUUCCCUCUGAUGAAGCAGCAUGCACUGCGAAACGUUAGGGAGUCUUAGAUCAUAUUGAGUAAACAGCUCUCCUAUUUAAGUUUUUUAAAAGUUUUUUAAUUCUUGUUUUAACUUUUUUAUCUAAAUAAAAGUGAGUUUUUAACACGCCGUCUUAUGGAGGUUUUUAACCUUUAGUUACCUUUCACACUGAGUGGAUUUUUAUUCAACCACAUUGUGGAUUAUGCGUUUAACCUUGGAUUGGACAUUUACCUGAGGACAUCGAAACCCCCUUAUGCCUCUGGGAGCGUUUUUUUCUGCUCCAGAAACCAGAUGGACAGGAACGGGACCUGGAAGCACACCGACAGCCGGACAAUGAGCCACAGGGAAGUGAGGCCUACAGACCUGAGGCCUAAGAAGCAGAGACUCCACGUCACCAGGCCCAGGACAAACCACAUGGCGCAAUCCUUCCACAACAAGGCUAAAGGUAGGACCUCCAAUAUGGACGGUGGGGCUCACUAUGGGGAGACUGUUGCUCAAUGUGACCUAGGCCACAGAGAGGAAAAUCCAGAGGGCUCACACAAUAACACUUACACCCACAACUCCUUACCUGAGGAGAGAGGUAGAGUUAAAAGACAAACUAAGAUAAAACAGGUGCUAGAUCCUAAUACAAGAGACCUGGCUAAAAAGUAUUUUAAACUCAUCCAAGCCAUUCAUCAUAAAAACAUUACUGACCGGGCCAUAUCCACCGGCACUCCUCCCGCAGGCAUGAUGAGGCAGGUCAGGAAGCUGUCCGGGUUCAUCAAACCAGCAAGUCCUACAGAGGAAGUUAAAAACAAAAUCACCAUUAACACUAACAAGUGGAUGGAGGAAAACCUGAUCGUUUUACGGGACCACUACGCUAACAUCAUUUCUCAAUAUAGCCUAAUAAAUAGAAACAAUGUUGCACUUCAAGUGGCAGCAAACUGGGCUGAAAAACGGUACAGGGGCAGGCUUGCUCCCACUACAGCCACGACAGUUGAGCGGGUACUGGCCGCAGCAGCAACAGCAGUGCAGAAUCCAGAUCCUCAUUACACUCCUCCUUCUGUCUUAUUGUCAAACCAGCCUUUGCUUUCCAACAGAGAUUCAGAAGAGGAACCACCAACAGUCUCCAAGCCACUGGACGUAAAGAGCAGGGAGCAAUUUCCACCGCUACCCAGGCCCAGUAGGAACUUACAAACUCUCUGUCUGGGCAAUAGGCCCACUCUGCAGCAGCAGGUGAUGGCAGCUCCACAAACUCAAAUCCAGAAUCAGCCACAAGCUGAAUCAGCCACCACAAGCACGGACACACGGUCUAACCAGACCCACUAUGUGCUGCAACAAACCUCCAAACUGACCAGGAGGAAUUUCAAGUCUCAUAAUAGCUCAGCUUUAAAGACUCUCUCCCCUUUAAAGGUGCUGGAGUCUGCUCCCUGCUCUCGACUUCCUCCUCGCCAUCACCGUCCUCCUCCACUUGCUGCCUCCUCCCCUUCGCCUGUCACCAACCUUUCUCCACAGGGCCCUGAUCAGGACCAGUUUUCAAUAUCCCAGCUGACCCUUCACUUUUCAUUAGACUCUCCUCCGGCACCGAGUGUAAUUAAUGAUCCUUCCUUUACAGAACAGACGCCAUACCACCCCAUUAAGUCCAGUGUCUGUGAUCCCGGAGGGGAAAUUUACCAACCACAGGCAACGAAUCGUAAACAGGGCUUACAGGUCACUCAGCCGUGCCAUCCGCCCCCCUGCCAGGGAGCCAGCCGCCCAGACACCUUGAUCGGUCCAGGCUAAAAUUAAAAAACAAAGAGGUGGGAGGAAAAAGGACGAGAAAAUGGAAAAACAUCCAAGUUGAACAAA